UUGAACAUAGAAGAUCGACAAUUUGCUAUUCAUUUCGAUGUUGGCCGGCUUGUUAACCCGUUGAUCUGAAAGUGCAGGACACAUCAUCGGAGCAAACCGGCCAAAUCAAAUAAAUCUACCUCAUAUUUAAUAUUUUUGUGGUCAUUUUAACUCUAGCAGUUUCGUGUGUAGGGGCUCCUUGAAACUGCCGUCAAGAAAAAAGUCGACUUUGGUGUGGACGUUGCAAUCACACAAUGGAUCCAGGCCUGGUGUGUUGUGAAUCCGAAGUGAUUCAGAGAGCUUACGAAGACCCAGUACUUCUGAAAGACAUUCGAGUUCUACAGACACUGCUGCAGACCGAGGAUAAAUAUAUGCCGCGUCAUUCCUACUUCACGAUUUUUCAGACGGACAUCAAGCCUUACAUGAGAAAAAUGGUUGCACAAUGGAUGCUAGAGGUGUGUGAGGAACAGCGCUGUGAAGAGGAGGUUUUCCCACUGGCCAUAAACUACCUGGACCGCGUGUUGUGUGUGAAGGUCAUUCACAGGACUAGUCUGCAGCUGUUAGGAGCUGCGUGUAUGUUUCUCUCGUCCAAACUCAAAGAAACCUGCCCACUGAGUGCCGAGAAACUUGUUGUGUAUACAGACAAUUCAAUAGGACUACAACAGCUAAUGGACAUGGAAUCACUGGUGCUCCAUUACCUGAGGUGGGAUUUGUCAGCGGUCACGCCACACGAUUUCCUGGAGCAGAUUCUCAGUAGAUUACAGUUUGACGUCAACCAGUACGACAGACUAAAACGCCACACACAGACGUUCAUUGCUUUGUGUUGUACAGAUUGUAAGUUUAUGCUGUACCCACCAUCGAUGAUUGCUGCCGGCUGUAUUGGCGCAGCCGCUAGAGGCCUCUGCUCGCCAGAGGGACAACUCGAUUCGAAACUGUUGCUCCGGCUUCACAAGAUAACACACAUUGACGUGGACUGUUUACGGUCAUGUCAAGAACAAGUUGAAGAAACCGUUUCAUCGAAUUUAAUGUCAUUGUCAGAAAACUCGCCCAAAACUCCAACAAAGUCCGAUGAUUUGAAUGAACAGCCUACAACACCCACAGACGUGCGAGACAUCCAUAUAUGAAUGACAUGCUUUAAACGAGCACAGAUGUACACUGUGUGUUGGGAGGGUAUCCACAGUUGAACAAUAUGGUUAAAACGAGCAAAGAUGUUCACAUCUGUUGUGAUCUUCAAAAUGUUGGCACAAACUGUCAUUGGAUUUGUUCCUUGCCUUCCUUCCAUGGAGGGGUAGGAUUUGAGCUGGACGUGGCGUCAUACAUAUAGGUGACAAACUGUUGUUUGGCAGACAACACGUUGACUCGGCAAAAAAAUAAAUGCUGAAAUACGGAAACCGGCUGUUUGUUCUCAGGAACCAUGGACACUGAACUAAAUAAAACCGAUGCCUGGCAAGGAUCCUCUUUGAGGGUUCGACAUGCAACUGUUCGACAGAGCUAAAUAACACAGCGGUUGAUCGAACUGACUGUUAGCACAGAACUAAAUAGUCUAACCAGGACUCCAUUUGCCUACCUAGGGUCCUGUUAGCCCUUCUAGGAUCCCAUUGGAGGACUCAAUUCGAAGGUCAGUAGUACAGAUUCUUAGACCAGAACUAAAUAUGAGUUUUAACUAGGAUUUCAUUGGAGGACUCAACAUGAGGGUCGGUAAUACAGACUUGGAACACGGCUAAAUAAAGAGUCUAACUAGGAUUACAUGAGGACUGAAUAUGAGAGUGGUUGUACAGACUGUUAAUAGUGGUAUUGACAAAUUGAUGAACUAGUAUUGUGCUACCGGCGGAGUGAGGAGGACUGCCAGACUGCCUCACUCCAUGUUGUGUACUUUGAAGUGAUGGACAGACAGACAGUGCUUUGAUUGUGUCACGGACCUCAUAACAUUUGUAAAAUUCAUGUUGAUUACAAGGAAACAGCUUUACCACAAACAUUCUAUAUGAUGAUGAUGUUGAUGUUUUUUUUUUUUGGUUUUUUUUUCAUAACUAGGCCACAGAAUAUCAUCAAAAGCUAUUUACUGCCCAAACCCAAAUCCUGCCAAGCUAUUUCCCCUUUUACAGAUGUCUCCAUUUCAUUGGUUUUUUUUGUUUCUGUAGCAUUUGUCUUCGUAACGUCGUGUAUUGUGAUUGGCUCUAGUGUACAGGUUCUGAGUUUUAUUCAUUGGCAUACUUAGUUAUUGUUUUUGUACUCAUUUAUCAAAGGUCACUCUGAAUGAAAUACUUAAUAUUUUUUAUUGUUUAUCGACGAUAACACAGAAUCACCUUUUUAGGUGCUGUGCGGUUGGUUUCAGUAUAACUUGUAAAUGUUCUCAAACUUGUACUAUAGGAUCAUCGGUGAUAUUUUAAAGUGGCCAGGUGAAAACACAGAUGUUUAUGUUUGAUUUCUUGUCGAUUGUUCAAAUGUAAGAGGCUUAAAGCUGGGACUACUCCGAUAAACUCAGUUCACAAGGAACAGUUGAUCAGAUCAGAAAUCAUUCCACAUGCAAAAGUAAUUGUUCAAACAGAUACGAAGCAAAUUUCAAAACUUUUUUUAACAUAAAAUGCGAAUGUCCAUUAAUGCUCUCUGAAAGCAUGAAUUGUGGUUGAACUGUCGACAAGAAAUCCAACCCUAAUUAACUAAAACCAGCUACCGCCAAGAAUCCACCGUAACAUUGCAUCUAGAGCAGCAGUCUGACAUUAAGAUUUCUGUAAUAAAGAUUUGUGCUAGUGACUGCAAUAAUCAUUAGUUGCAUGAAUCAUUUAGAUUUUGGGCUUCAUGUGUUCAAUUCAAUUUAACUACCAUGUGGUUACUACAAGAGUCACAUGAGACCGUUCCUUUAUCAAGCGUAUGCUAGUACUGAUAUGUCAAACACGUGAUGAGACCGUUCCUUUAUCAAGAGUAUGCUAGUACUGAUAUGUCAAACACAUGAUGUCAAACACGUGAUGAGACCGUUCCUUUAUCAAGAGUAUGCUAGUACUGAUAUGUCAAACACGUGAUGUCAAACACGUGAUGAGACCGUUCCUUUAUCAAGAGUAUGCUAGUACUGAUAUGUCAAACAUGUGAUGAGACCAUUCCUUUAUCAAGAGUAUGCUAGUACUGAUAUGUCAAACAUUUAGUGCUGGGAGAAUAAGGUCUAAUAGGGCUAGCUCUGUGUCAGCAGAACAUUUCGCCAAAUUAUCUAUUAAACUUAAAGAAACCCAGUUAUUUUGUAACAAAAUAUUAAUUAAUACUUGAAAUUAUUUUGCCAUUUGUUUUUGAAAUUCGCAACUGGCCAAUUAGGUGAGUGCCAGGACUAGCCCAGUCUAUAAACAUCUUGUUGAAACCCAACUUGCUAGCGUUUACCUCGGACAUAUCUGACAACUGACUACAAACCCUGAACAGCAUCUGUGAUAAACGCGAGUACUUUUAAUCAAUUUGUCACUGAUUUUAGUGAUUAUAUACUUGAACUAUAAAUCCGUAUUGAUUUACCAAAUCAUGUUCUUAUACACAAAGUAAAUUGAGCAGAAUAUUACUGCCCAACUGGAAUUAAUAUUUCAAUGCUAAAUACUUGUUAGAAGGUGAUAUUGGAAUCGCUUAGUACGAUGAAUUAUUAAAUGUUAUAUAGAAGAAUGCAAUACUUAAGACAAGACUACUUUUAGUAGUUAAUUCAUUAAGAAACAUUUAAUAUAAUUUAUAAUAUUUAUAAUAUUUAGUUUUAUCACUUGAGAAAAAGUAGUAUUGUUAUAUAUAUAUAUAUAUAUAUAUAUAUCACAUUAGUAUGGGACCACUUGGUGUGUGUAAUGCAGGUGAAGUCAUGUUGAAGAGUGUUACAUUGUGUGAGGUUAAAGUGUUACAUUAUGUGAGGUAAAAUUAAUAAUGUUACAUUAUUUGAAGUAACAUUACUUUUACUGAUGUAAAAUUAAGUGUUACAUUAUGUGAAGUAACAUGAUGUGUUACAUGGGGUAACAUGAAGUGUUAAAUUAGUGAAAUAACAUCAAGAGUUAUAUUUUGUGAGUGAGUUAACAUUAACACUGUUACAUUAUGUGAGUGAGUUAACAUUAACACUGUUACAUUAUGUGAGUGAGUUAACAUUAACACUGUUACAUUAUGUGAGUGAGGGAAUAUUAAGUGUUAUAUUAUGUGAGGUACCACCUUAAUGUAUGUUACGUUAAGUCUUCGUAUGGUAAUACACUAGUGUAGAUGGUAAGACGUGAGUAAUACGUUAGUGUAUACCUAACACAUUGGAUUAUGUACGGUUAACACAUUGCAGUAUGUGCGUUUGUUAAAGAACAACUAUAUCUACCUUGGCUGAGUGCAUGUCAUCCCUAUGGAUAAUGAAAGUGUUUGAGAAUUGGGCAGAGAAGAGGGAGAAUGCCAUCCCUAUAGGUGAUAAAAAUGUUUGACUGGAAAGAAAGCAUGUCAUCCCUAUGGGUGAUGAAAGUGUUUGUGAAUUCAACACGAAGAGAGAGCAUGCCAUCCCUAUGGGUGAUGAAAGUGUGAAUUCAGCGUGAAGAGAGAGCAUGCCAUCCCUAUGGGUGAUGAAAGUGUUUGUGAAUUCAACACGAAGAGAGAGCAUGCCAUCCCUAUGGGUGAUGAAAGUGUUUGUGAAUUCAGCACGAAGAGAGGGCAUGUCAUCCCUAUGGGUGAUGAAAGUGUUUGUGAAUUCAGCACGAAGAGAGGGCAUGUCAUCCCUAUGGGUGAUGAAAGUGUGAAUUCAGCACGAGGAGAGGGCAUGUCAUCCCUAUGGGUGAUGAAAGUGUGAAUUCAGUUGAUAUAUUACUACCUCUGCUUUCCUCACUACAUUACACUGACUUUCUGUCACUUUUUUUGUUUUGCCAGAGUUAAGGUUUUUUUUUCAUUUCUACCUCAUGUCCAGUAAGUAAUCACUAACUCUUGUUUCGACAGGUCGAUUACCUGUCUUCAAACUUGCAUUACAAAACAGAACGAUUAUGAAUUCUUUUAACAUGCAGUUGCAAUGCUGACAACACCAAGCUUUAGUCAGGUGAACGUUGUGAAACUAUUAGAAUGUUGAGAAGAAUGUUUGGUUAUGAAAUAGCAAUGCUGUUAGGUACAUUUCGUCUUUCAAGACACCAGAAGCUGUGAUAAUGCGUAUUAGAAUAUUUCCGCUUUUUAUAUAAAAUGGGAUCAAGCAAUAACUCAAUUGUAAGUCGGCCUUCAGUGGCUACUUGUUAUAAAUUUCAUUUCAUGUUAUAUUUUUUAAACAUGGUCAAAGAAUCAAAGUGUAAAAUUGUUUGUAUCUUUAUGAUUCCCAUGAAGGAUUGGGAACCAUGACAGACAGUGGUGUUGCCAUGGUGAUCGCUGGUGGUGUGUGUGGCAUCGGUCUGGGCUGACAGUUUGUGAUAUUUUUGAUAAUUGUGUGAAAAGUAGGCCCACACCUUUGCUGUGUUUGAUGCAGUCUGCCCAUUGAUCAGUUAAAGCAAUGGUGGUUGCAGACAUUUUGUCAGUGAAUGCAUGUGCAGAACUGAAGUGCGAAUGAUAGCUGUUUGUGUACUUGCCACUUACUGUUUGUUUUGUUUUUUCUAUAAUGUUCGUCAGCGGGCAAGUUGUCUCGGAUGCAGCCAGCGGUGUUUAGAAAGAGAUCUACCCAUUGUGACACUGUCUUGGCCUCUGUGUUGAAAGUUAUUUGAGUUCCAUGAGUUAACUUGCUAUAACUUGCAUUAAGCAUCACAUGCAGUGUGUUUGAAUCUCUUUCAGGGUGUUUGUGCUGCAGACAUACAUGUUCGGUUCUUUUGUAUUUGUAAUGAAAUGGUCUUCUAUAUGUACAUAACAUGCUAAUAAAAAUGCAGUUGAAACCGUU